GCCUACCACCCUCCAGCGGGCCCCCGGUACCCUCAGUACCAGCCGUCCGCGCCACCCCAGUACUCUCGAAACAGGCGCCUGCCUGUCUCGCCUUGCGCUGCCUGGCGCCCGGAGUACGCGGCCGGUCCCUCACCCCGCAACUCCUGGUCGAACCAUGACCAGGAGAGGAAAAAAAAAAAAAAAAAAAAAAAAAAAACCCCGCCGACCCCCGAAUAGUUGCGGCAGUCCACGGCCCGACCAAUGCACUCACACUGAGACUGUGUGUAGGAACUGAUGCACGAAGGGAGAUGAUCUACGCGAUGCUAGACACAGGCGCAGGGGUAUCCCUAAUAGAGGAAGACUUAUUCAAUAAGGUAGGCGGGAAGAUGAUAGCUACAGAACCUCUGUCCAUACAAGGGGUAGAUCGGACUCAAAUCCCUAAUAAAGGGAUAGCCGAAGUAGUAGUGAACUUUGGGCACGGAGAGAUUGCAGAAAAAAUUUGAAGUAAUAUCACAAGGUGUAGUGUUACCAACAGCAGUUUUGUUGGGCCUAGAAUUUAUGUGGAGGCAAAAUGUGGUAGCUGCACCGCUGGCCACACCUGGGCAGUUUAGUGUAAUGGUGGGAGCCCACCCGGUGGAAGUUCAAUCCCUGGCUGCGGGCGAUAUGAGCCCGUACUUAGAAGAUUGACUAACCGACCUUAAACCUACCUUAGACGAGAUGGAGGAAGUACCAGUGAAAGCAUACGCUAUUAACGUGGCGUCCUUGCUACCGGGCACGGCAGGGUAUGUCACUCUGGAGGCAGAGAUUGGCAGAGCCCAGCAAGCCUUAUUCCUCCCAAGGUCCAAUGAUAUCCCUUCUUCAUUUUUAUUUCUCGGGUUAGUAACUUUAACUCCUAACGUCAAACAAACCAAAGGCAAAUUCAUCAUCCCCUAUGCUAACCCAACUGAAGAAACUAUUGAGAUGCCAACAGGUGAGGUGAUGGGUCACAUUUAUUCUUGUCACACAGAAUAUUACCAAUCAUCAACUAAUGAAUGUGUAGCGGCUUUCACAAAAACAAAAACAACAGCUACAAAGCCGCCUGUCACCCAGUCAAGUAAGCAGCAGGAACUAGAUAAGAUGAUAGACGAGCUAUUUUCCCCUUCACUAUGGGAAAACAGCUGUCUGAAGGGCCUCACCCGCAAGUAUCCUGAUGUGUUUGCUCUGAAACAUGAGCCCCUCACUAUUACUCCCUAUUAUGUUCACACUUUAAGGCUCAAAAAUGACAAGCCUAUAUAUAAAAAGCCCUACCCAAUACCAGUAAAAUACCACAAAGAGAUAGAAACUCAACUCAAGGACCUUGAGGCCCAGGGCAUUAUACGCCCUAGUGCGUCGCCCUACAGUGCACCUCUAGUCCUUGUUGCCUAGAAAGAUGGCGGGGUCAGACUUUGUCUCGACUUCUGCGCUUUGAACGAUGAAUUGAUUGAUGACAGACACCCCCUCCCUAACAUUAACCUCAUUUUACAACAGUUAGGGGAAAGUAAAGUGUUCACCUCGCUUGAUUUGCGCCAGGGCUACCACCAAGUCCCAUUGGCAGAGGAAUCCAAACACUUGACAGCCUUCACGACACCUUAUGGCCUCUAUGAAUUCACUACAGUCCCCUUUGGAUUAAAAACAGCACCUGCAGCCUACCAAAGGAUCAUGAAUCAAGUCCUCAUAGGUCUGACAGGAAGAAUUGUACAUGUAUAUCUUGAUGAUUUGAUAGUACAAGGGAAAGACAUGGACCAUCACCUAUAGAGCCUUCAUGCCGUCUUAGACAGGCUGCAGAAGGCCCAUCUGUCCUUAAGAUUAGAUAAGUGUUCUUUUUUCAAAGAGCAAGUAGAUUACCUGGGUCACAUUGUUAGUGCUUCUGGCUUGAAGCCUCAGCCCUCAAAGGUACAAGCGGUGCAACAACUCACCCCUCCAAAAACAGUCAAAGAGCUUCAAGGUUUUCUGGGGUUGGUUAAUUUGUAUAGGAAAUUCAUUAAAGACUUUGCAAAGAUAGCAUUCCCCCUUAAUAAUUUACUAAAAGGGAGGAAAGUAACCAAGAAUGAUAAGACACUUCUGGAGUGGAAUGAGGAGGCAUUGCAUGCAUUUAGUACAUUAAAGAACAGUCUAACGACUGACAUUGUUUUAACUUUUCCGGAUUUCCGGAAGCCAUUCCACCUCACCACAGAUGCGUCGGGUAAGGCAAUAGGUGGUGUGUUGCAACAAAAGGAUGAGAACGGUAGCCUACGACCAAUUGCAUACUUCAGCAGAACACUUAACGGAGCGGAGCGUAACUACUCCGCGGUAGAGAGGGAAGCCUUAGCAGUUAUCUAUGGACUCAGUACAAACCGGCCCCUUAUCUUGGGUUAUAGGAUCCACAUCCUGUCGGACCACAGACCUCUGACUUGGCUGUUAAAGAGCACUGUUCCAAGUAGCAGGAUUGCACGUUGGCAGACAUUGCUAGGGGAAUUUGAUUUUAGUAUAGAUUAUCUCCCAGGCCCGAGUAAUAUGGUGGCAGAUUUUUUAUCAAGGAUUAGAAAUCAAGAGAGCGAUGUGAUAGAAGGCGAAUUGGAUGCUAGAAUUAUGUCUGUCACACAGGCGAGUGGACAUGACGAGUCUGUCACCUCCCCGGAGGGACAUGACAAGCGGGAUAAGUUUCUCCAUUGGAGUCUUGACGCACUCAUGGAGCACCAGGAUCGCGAUCCUGAACUGAGAGAGAUUAAGCAUGCUUUAGAAAGAAACGCCGGCAGUAACAUAAAUGGUAGUGUGAUAUUUGAUGUUGUUUAUGAUGAAGAGAAAGAUGACGAGAGAGAUGAGAAAAAGGUUGCUGAGAGGAGCAAUGUAAAGUUAAAUGCAGCUAAGAGACACUUCAAAAAACUGCCUCUUAGUGAAGUGUGUGUAGAGAACGGCAUUCUCUACCGCGAUGUUUGCGACGAAUACAACAAACAGAAAAGACUGGUUAUUGUCCCACCAAGCUUCAUUCCUAACGCGCUGGCUUUGGCACAUUCCGUGCUACCUGCAGGGCACGGAGGUACCAAGGUUACGUUGGCACGUUGUCGCAAGUUUGCGUACUGGCCGGGAAUGAAGGCGGACGUGGAGCAAUACGUCAGAUCUUGCCCUGUCUGUUGUCGGUUUAAGAAGAGGGGAUCCCCGCCUGCUCCGAUUAUGAGAUAUCCUGAGGUCGGCCAACCGUUUGGCAGAGUCCAUAUGGACAUUGUCGGACCUUUGUCGGUUUCCGACAAAGGCUAUAAGUAUGUACUGACAGUGAUUGACGUCCUGUCACGCUUCUUGGUAGCAACCCCCCUUCGUACGAAGACAGCCAAGGAAGUGGCAGCUGCGUUCUACGAGAACGUAGUCUGUGUACACAGCAUCUCGCCUAUUCUAGUCACUGAUCAGGGAAAGGAGUUCGCUAACACUCUCCUGCGAGAGUUGACUCAUUUGCUACAGACUCCUUAUCACCCGUCUGCGAACGGGGUGAUUGAGAGGCCUAACGGCACUUUAAUGAAUAUUCUGAGAACCUUAUGUGAGGACAACAGAGAGAUUUGGGACCAAAUGCUUCCAGUUGCAACACACGCCUACAACACUGCCUAUCAUCGUGUUUUACGGGAUUCCCCAUUCUUCCUGCUCUUCUCCCGUGACCCUAAUGUUCCUUUCGAAAUGCUAGAGAAUAGGCGACAACCGUGUUAUGAUGUAGAUAGUUACAAGUCAUUCACUGCUAGUGUCGCCCAAAGGACUUAUAAAUUAUGCCAGAGGAAUAUUGAUAUCGGUUGGCAAGAGUCUGAAAGGAUGUUUAGGAAGUCAAAAUACAAACAGAUUGAGAUUGGAGAUAGGGUGUAUGUCAGGAACAUUCCAUCCAAGGGUGAGCCUAGGAAACUUCAGCCUUUGUUUAAUGGCCCCUUCCGGGUCAUCGGCAAGGUUAGUCCUGUGGUCUUGCGGCUACGCCAUAUCAGAGGGAGUAAGAUCAGGACGGUUCACACCAACAAUGUUCAGGUCGUUCACGAGGACUCUCUUGGACUCCAUGACUCCCCUAACGUCAGGCGUGCCUACCCUGUCCCUGACCAACAAAUACAAGGACCGGUGGAUGAUUCAUUAUCAAUGGUUUAUCCCCCUGAGGAGUCGGUUCCCUUGUCGUUUGCUGCUCCUUCCGAGCCCUCCCCACCGACUCCUGCUCCCUCAUCACCUCAAGUUCUCCAGACUCCUUCCGAGCCUCAGACAAAUCGUCCAUUGCCCUCCAACACGGUACCUCCCUCUCUCCCCAACGUCAUGGAGCGCCCUCUUGAGUAUCGUCAACGACCGGCGAACUGAUACCCCCUAUCAUUUCAGAUCCUGGGUGUUGCCCUCCCGGGAGCAACCUAUACGUCCUGGCCUUGUCUUCUCCCCCGUCUUUAAGAUGUUGUUGACAGGGCGUUACUACGUCGUCCCUGUCGUCAUCCAGACAGACGAAAUACAACGUCCUCUCAUCAACGUGGCGAAUCUGGCCGCGGAAGUGUCGUGGUCAAUUGAGCAUAUGAAUCAGUCGUUUCCCACUGUGGGUUUGCUCAGGCGCACUCUAGACUCCUUUCACUUUGAAUUUAAUAAGCUUUUUAAAGACCUUAAUAACUUCUUAGCGGCCAUGAGUGGUAGAGAUGGGAGCCCAUUUAAGACUCGCCAGAGGCGAGGGGCCGUAGACUUUGUUGGCUCGGUAGAGAGCCUCCUUUUUGGCACGGCCACUCAGGCCCAGAUUGAUGUCAUACAUGAGAAACUCUCCCAUCUCCACACUCUCUCCUCGGAGGAAAGACGCCAACUCAACCUUCAUACAGAAGUCCUCAACGCUACUGUUCGUGACCUCCGUCACCUUCACUCUGCUAUAUCCCGUCUAGAGUCCGCCUCGGCUUUGGCCUCGGCUAUUAUUAGGCAAUUUUCUUUACGUACUUUGCAAAUUGAGGGAGAAAUGCGUAUCUUAGAGACCAUUCUCCUGAUUCAAUUGGCGCUUAGCGACCUGAAUCAUGAUACAUUAAACCUCAAACUAGGCCUUCAACAGAUGUCCCAAACACAAGUCUCCCCUCUUAUUAUUCCUAAUGAUGUAUUGCUUCGUGUACUCAGGAAUGCCUCCCUCCAUUAUCCAGGCUUGUUAUUCCCUGCGGCUCAUGAAUAUUUAGCCUUGUACCGUGAUGUCUCUAGGGUUAUUUCUAAAGGUGCGCUUUCCUUAGGUACCCUUCACUUCUACUUACAGAUCCCCAUGAAAGGGGAUCCCUCCGAUGUGUUCGAUGUGUUUAAAAUGGACGCGUUGCCUUUUCAUCUCGAUGACACGCCAUAUUUUCUGCACACCGACACACUCUCUACCUACCUCGCGGUUUCUGAGGACCGCACCCACUAUAUGCUUUUGGACUCCUUAGAUCGCUGUACUAAACACCGUCUUCUUUAUAUCUGCCCUCCUGUCGCCCCUGUGUAUUCUAUAUCUGUCCGGCGCUGCGAGAUUGCCCUUUUCCUCGCGCGCCCGGAUGCCCUAUCGCUGUGUUCUAAGUCUCUUCUCAGGACCUUCCCCCCGGUCUUCCUCCCGUCCCCGGCGGGCUGGGUCUUCUCCACGGACGUUCCCCAGGUCGUCACCAUGGUCUGCCCGGACAGUCAUGUCACCAAGUACCGGCAGACACUGAAUGGCACGGGGCUUCUUACCGUCGGUAUGGGUUGUAGUGCCAACUCCGACGCGUUCAGCCUCCCUGCCUCUGCCACUCUGGAUGGUGCCGAGCCGCUGACGAUUCACCGGGCCCCUUUCCACGUCGGGCGGGGCGUAGUUGAGUCCUUGCUGGCGGUUCAUCCCUCCCUGGGCCGUCCCUCUCCACCUGCACCGCCCGUGGCCUCUACGGGCCCCCCGCUGGAUCUUUCCCCGACGCUCCGCCUGCUGGAGGAGUCAGUCCCGGGAUCUCCCGCCGGUGCUGCCGCCUAUCCUUGGUGGGGCUGGCUGCUCUUUGGGUUCUCCGCCGCUGGCCUCCUCCUCUUCGCCUGCGGCCUGGCUUGGCUCUUCCUUCUGCGGCCCCGUCUCCUACGUACCUCCCGUCCCGUCACGCCGUCCCCGUCUUGGUCUGAGAUGGUCGUCCGGCCUGCCGCGCGCUUCCUGCCCCGAGGAAGUGGCGUUCUCUGAGGGUACCGGGGGCCCGCUGGAGGGUGGUAGGCACCCCUCUGUUGCCACCCAUAGGGACAGUCACGGGCCACGUGUCCUAUAUAUCCACAAGAGUAACAUGUGGGCGGUGCGGACGCGUUCCCAUAUGAGCGGGGGGGGGGGGGGGGGGUAUGGCGUGCCAUCCACCCCUUUGAGGUAUCGGGUGACGUGACUGGCCCGAAGGACGCUGGGAACGGCCUUGUGAAGAAUGUUUAGAUCCGGAUGCUUGGGUUGAACAGAUGUCCAUUACCUUUACUUCUUUAGCUACAUCGACAUCGGAUAAUUUUAACUCUGGAUGAGGAAGGGGGAGGUAUGUGGUGCCCCGCAGGGCGCUGCAUCUACAAACACAGACGCAGUAACAUCACCUGACCCAGUACAAACAUCACAAAUAAAUAAGGAGGACGAAAGCGACGUAGAACGUUAGAAUACAUCCAACUUUAAGAACAAUUUGAAGAACACAGCACAGCGAGGCGACAGUGGGAAGAACAAAUCAUUAUCGAAACACACAGGAAGCCAAAAGAGGCGUCCCAGGCCACCAUACAGCCGGCGCUCUGCCGGCUUCCCGAAACCACCCACUUCACCCAACGACAACACCACGCCCAAGGCUAUAAGGACGAGAAUCAUGUAAACGGAAGCCAUGUAGAAUAACACUACUCAUGAAUAUUCACUCUUAUGUACUAUAACCAUAGAGGAUGUAACAAUAUCAUAGGGUUAGGAGUGCACCCUCAGUGCAGGAGCCUUAUGUGCCCAGUCAAUAGUUAUGACGUAGUAAUGACGUAUAGUGACGUAGGCAAUCGCCCAUAUAAGGGGGUUCCCUCGGAGUACUCGGGGCAGAACUAGAAAUAAUUCUGACCGACACUCACGUGUCCCUCUAAAUUUUAGACACAAUAUGUGUCGUGUGUUCAUCUACGCUGUCGUUCACGGUACAGCGGAAGGGUCAAACUACCACCAGGGCCAUAUAACUACUCUUGGAAAUGCCCACAACUCCUACGAAAGCCUUGUCUUGGGCGACGAAAUGUCUUAUAAUACGAUCUUAUAUGACCAUCUUCACCAACAAUAAUAU